AGAACAUCAUCUUUUGGGCCACAGUCGCCUCAUCUCAUUUGUACUUCAUCUUACUUCCAUCCUUGCCAUCCUGCCCCAUUUCGUUUCUCUAAUCUUCCUUUCCCUUUUUAUCUCCCAUGCAGCGCACGUGAGAUUGGGAUGAUUUCCUUGCUCAACAUCACAGAGCACUCCCCACCACGAUGGAGCCAAGAAGAUUCAGAGCAAGUCGAGAAGUCCACCUGCGUCCUGGGAUUCAUCCCUGUCAUCUACUACAGUGCCUUGCUGUGUGUGGGGGUCCCAGUCAACGUCCUGACGGCCAUGGCCCUGUCACGUUUGGCAGCCCGCACUCAGAAGUCUUUAUAUUUCUACCUGCUGGCCCUGACGUCAUCCGACAUCCUGACGCAGCUCUUCAUCGUUUUUGUUGGGUUCUUGCUGGAGACUGCCAUCUUCCACAGGGAUGUCCCGGUGGCGCUGCUGAGGUCUGUCAGUAUCCUGGAGUUUGCUGCCAACCACGCCUCCAUCUGGGCUGCCGUCCCGCUCACAGUGGACCGCUACGUGGCUCUGUGCCACCCCCUUCUUCACAGGCAGAUCAGCUACCCGGAGCGGGCCAGGAAGAUCAUAGUUGCCAUGUUUGUUUUGGCCGUGGCGUCUGGGAUCCCUUUCUAUUGGUGGUCUGACGUGUGGAGGGUGAGCCACCAGCCGACCGCACUGGACAAAGCCCUGAUUUGGACUCACUGUUCCAUUAUCUAUUUCCUGCCCUGUACCAUCUUCCUGGUGCUCAACUCGCUCAUCAUUUACAGGCUCAAGUUUCACUACCGUAAGCAAAGCCUAGAGUGGUGCCAACAGCCUGUGCCAAGAUGUUCCAGCAAAACCACUGCCAUGCUGCUGGCUAUAACCACUGUCUUCUCAGUCCUCUGGGCACCAAGAACCUUUGUGAUGAUCUACCACCUGUAUGUCUCCUCCGUGAACCGCAACUGGCGUGUCCACCUGGCCUAUGACCUCGCCAACAUGCUGGCAAUGCUCAACACGGCGGUCAACUUUUUCCUGUAUUGUUUUGUGAGCCAACGUUUCCGAAACACCGUGCGGGAAGUGCUGCUGACCUGCGUGGCCGUCCUGCCACCGAUUCACCGCCGCUUAAGCAGAGACCCACAGCAGGCUGGUGGCUCACUUUCCUCUUGUAGACCUAAUGGGGGCCGAGAGUCCACUUGAGACCAGCCUGUCCACAUUUACAUCAAAGGCUGUGGAUGUCUGCCAUGAGCUUUGAGCGUCUCUGCAGUUCUCGGAGACUGUAGACAGCAAUGCAUUUCUAUAAAAUGAAGGCUUUAGGUGAAACCAUAAACGUGAUUACAUUUACAUUUAUUCACCCACACGUCAUAAUGGCAGAGAACAACUGUUUCCAUAAUAAAUAUUUUAUAUAGCGCCUUUCCACAGCCAAUACUACCCCUAAGCACUUUAUGCACAGUACAACAGCUCUGUAUUUCUAUAAAUGGAGGAAAGGCCAGUCAAGUGGUUUGCUAAGGGGGCAACUUUGUAGUGGUCCGGUGCCGCCCGGAUUCACGCCAUCAAUGGGAUGGUGA